CCUACUUUACGCGCCCAAGGCGUUUUCCGGUCACGUGUAUAUCUGUGGGCACACGCCAGCGCCGGUACAAAACAUCGUAUUGUUGCAAACGCAGCGUUUAGGAACUCAUGAGCAGCCUGUGCACACGCUUAGGCGCGUGGACGACAUGCGCAUGCUUAGACUCUAGACUGGCCACGGGUGGCCGGGUGCGCAUGCCCAGGCUCUGAGCGCGCGUUUGUGCGCGGAUUCAGGCCUCCCGGGAUUCGUCUGCGCAUGCUCAGGGUUCAGGCGGAACGCGAGGCUACCCUGCGCUCAGGCCUGCUCCCGGGACUCAUUGGUGCGCAUGCGCAGGCUUCAGUCUGCACAUACUCGGACUGUGCAGCGACUCCAGGUGGCGGUUGAGGGGCAGUGGCGGCGGCGGAGGGCCAAGUCGAUGCUGAUGUUGAUGCUGGUGGCGGCUGUGACCAUGUGGCUCCGACCGCUGGUCACAGCUCAGCCGCUCUGCCGUGCUCGCACAGUGAGGACAGGAAAAGUGUUUAAUGUCAUACAGGACGUUCAAGGGGACCACUUGUAUUUUCGAUCUACAACAACACGCUUGAUUAAACAUCCUUGCAAGAAAAAUAUAGCACUGUAUCUAGGAAAACAAGUUUUUUUCACAACAGAUAACUUUGAGACUAGUCUCCUUCCAUUUACCAUCCCUACAUCAAUGCAGGUCGGCGUUCCAGAAGUGACAUCAGCACAUUUUACUGGUUCAUUGUUGCUGUUAGUAGUGAAUCAUAAAGUCUAUACUUAUGAUUAUGAAAGCAAUUCUUGGAACUUGUCUUUAGGUAUAAAACACCCAGUUACACAUGUUUCUGGUGAUAAUUGUUGUUAUACUGGAAGUUUGUUUUGUGUGGAUGUCAGUAAUUUGGUUUUUGCAUAUUUCCGUGGAGAUCAGAUAUCCCAGACUUCUAUAUAUUAUUCUAACACGGGGGGAUUCAGUUUUUGGAAGUAUCACUAUGACGGACAGGCAGAAAUCGUCGGGUCUUUAGGUGGAAUCUUCCACUUAUUUUCUUUGUCGCAGGUGGGGAUGCUUGUAGUGGAUCAAGGGAAGGGCAUGUUCAAGUACUCAGACCACCCCCUCAACCGGAGUUUGGGCUUGUGUCUUUUGGACUAUAACGGGACUCUUGACAUCGUUCAAUCGCCCCCGGCCCCAGAAAGGCAUCCUGCUCCUGGUGGUUGGGAUGGAGAGCCCUGUUGUUUUCCCUAUAAUGCAGGUCAGCUCGUCGACACCGUCCGGGUGAAAAAAGGAAAACAGACCUUGUUUACUUCCAUUUUUGAAGCCCAGAUCACCAUCCACAACAUUGCUGUCAAUGAAAACGAACUGGCAGUUAUAACUCGGGAGGAUAAUUUGUAUUAUGGCAAUCUGGGCAUCGUGCCAAGUUCCAUAAUCAAAUUUGCAGACCAACACAUCUGGUCAGAAGACGCAGCCCUGAUGUUCAGGAGCUCAGGGAUUCUGGAAAUACUGACCCCACUGCGUGACGCAGCUUUUGCAGCUUUUGAUUUCCAGAAGUGCCUCGUGAAUAUCCAGGCAAUUCUCAUGGACCCUGAACUUCACGUUGGAAGAUGCAAUAUAGAGUUUCUGAAAGGAGAAUUUACAUACAGGAUGUAUACCAUUGACAUGCACAGCCAGCUGGAACUGACUGCUUUGUUGAUACCCCAGCCAGGCACAUCCCUGAUUCCUCUGGUGAUGGUGAGCAACCCCCACUCCCUGGGGUUCCAGGCCACCUUCUACGAGAGCGGUUACACGUCCAGACGGGAACCACCCAAGUUUCUUCACGUCCAUCUAGGAUAUUUACUAAACAGCAGCACACUGGGCCGGACCGACUUCAACUUCACUUCCAGCUUAAAGAGAGCCACCAUGUCUACCUUAACUGUGGACAUAGCAAACAAGGAAAUUUCAUGUGUGGAUAUCAAGCCACUGUCGACACUGAUUUCAGUUGGCUGUGAUCUGGAUAAAAAGAUCGUCAUCCAGAACACAGUUUCUGCCUGUUCCAAGGGCGUCCUGGAUGCCUUGGCCCUGCAAGACAAUUAUAGCUUCAUCAUCGACAAGGAAUUCUACGACCCCGGCUUCCAGGGGCGGCAGUCCUCCAAGGACCUGCACGUGUUUUACUCCUACCAGCAGCUGGGCUGUCCUCUCCUCGUCUACUAUGAUACCCCAUGGAAGCCCGUGGUGGAGCUAACUGGUCCUGAAGCUCUGCAACAUAGCGAACCCUGUGUGGUCUCCCGUUUCUGCUCGGCGCGCCGGGCGCGUAACAGCGACCCGGCUCGAGGAUUGGCAUGCUUUCCAAACUACGUGAGCUGCCACGACCCCAACAACGAUGCCCCUUUGAGGGUGGCCCCAGAUGUCCAGUAAUAGAUCUUUGGGCGGCCGGACAAUGCAAACCAGAUCAUUUUUAGCCACCCAACAACGGCUUCUAUGAUCCUUCUACAUUUUCCAUUGUGGAUUCCGUACUACAGCUACUGUCAACUGGAGACCGUCUUUAGCAUCUACGUGUAUGGAGCAUUCCCCGUGCAGCUGGUCUCUGCCGGGGUUGUCAUGGUACUGCUCAUCUCCAGCAUCCUGGGGUCCGUGUGGCUGGCCUACAUGAUCCCCAGGCUGCUACGCACAGCACGUGGCCGCAGGAUGACGAGCUUUGUGGCACAGCUGUAUGGGAGAUGCAAGACGGUCUGCCAGUUCAGGGCCUCGGCCACAGCCAGGACAAGCUCAGAGCCCAUGGGACGCCACCGCAGUUCUUAA